AUGGCUUUGUGGCUCAUUCUUCUCCUCUCUCUUUGUCUCGUUACAACCCUAAAAUUCUUAAUCGAUCAAUUCUCUCACAACAAAACCAAGAAAACCAAACCAACCAAUCUUCCCACUCUCCCACCAGGCCCUCCUAAAGUCCCUAUAUUCGGCCACGCUCUUUUACUCAGCAAAUACUUCUCAGCAGGUAUUGGUACCUUCUUCCAUGAACUUCGCCACAAAUAUGGUGGCAUUAUUACUCUUCAUAUUUUCUCUACCCCUUCCAUUUUCAUUUCAAAUCACUCUUUAGCUCAUCAAGCCCUAAUCCAAAAUGGUGCAGCCCUAGCUCACCGCCCUGGUCCUGUCACUCCUAGCCGUGUCCUCAACAACAACAACCAAGACCUUGGCUCCUCCUCCGACGCUCGUUGGCGGCUCUUUCGUAAGAAUCUCACAUCAGAAAUCCUCACCUCUUCUCGCUAUAAAUCCUUCAAUGCUGCUCGUAAAUGGGCAUUGGAAAUAAUAACCGAAGGGCUCAACAACCAAAUUAGGUCAGGCGAGUUCGUGCCUGUAAUGGAACAUAUUCGAUAUGCCAUGUUCUGUUUACUUCUUUUCAUGUGUUUUGGUGAGAAACUUGAUGAGAAGACGAUCAGAGAUAUUGAAGAUGUAGAGAGAGCUGUAAUUGCCAAUUUCGUCAAAUUCAAUGUCUUCAACUUAUUCCCUAAAGUUGGGAAAUUCGUUUUUAGAAAAACUUGGAUUCAACUACUUGAGAUACGUAGCAAGCAAGAAUCUGUUUUACUUCCUCCUAUAAAAUCUCGUCGAGAUCGAAGGGAGAAGAUUAAACAAGAGAAUCCAAAUGGAUACGUUGCUUCAUAUGUUGAUUCAUUGUUUGAUCUUGAAAUCACAGUUGAAGGUGGACGAAAGCUCGCCAAUGAAGAAAUAGUGACUCUUGUCUCCGAGUUUCUAGACGCUGGCACUGACACAGUAGCUACUGUGCUGGAAUGGGUCAUGGCUCACCUGACGAAGGAUCAGAAGAUUCAAGAAAAGCUUUAUAAUGAAAUCAAAAGAGUUGUGAACAGUUCUGGAUCGAAAGAAGUUAGAGAAGAGGAUUUGUCAGAAAUGAAAUAUUUGAAGGCGGUAGUGUUGGAAGGGUUGAGGUUACACCCACCUGGUCACUUUGUUUUGCCACAUUUGAUUAGGGAAGAUAUUGUAUUGGAUGGUCAUCUAAUCCCUAAGAAUGCUUUGAUGAAUUUCAUGGUGGCUGAAAUGGGUCGGGACCCGAAUGUUUGGAAGGAUCCGUUGGAUUUUAAACCCGAAAGGUUUAUGGUUGGGAAUGAAGGUGAAGGGGAAGUUGUUGAUAUAACUGGGAGUAGGGAGAUUAAGAUGAUGCCGUUUAGUGCAGGGAGGAGGAUUUGCCCUGGGAUUGGAUUAGGUACACUGCAUCUUGAGUAUUUUGUAGCGAGUUUGAUCUGGAGUUACAAAUGGACGGAUAUAAAUGGAGGUGAUGAUAUUGACUUGACAGAGAAGGACGAGUCCACCACUGUGAUGAAGAACUCCUUGAGGGCCCGCGUUUCUCCAAGGUAA